CAGACGGGAGGAGUGCUACUAAGUGACUCUGUCUUCUCCAAAGAACUGGAGAACAUGGGCAAACACCUCGCUGAGGUGGAGAAGGAUCUGGCCAAGCUGGCCGAGCAGGGGAAACUAGCCCAGCGGAGUCCCAACAGCCCCUACAGCUCUCUCCUACUCACCCCCCUGUUCCACACUUCUCUCCCGGGCACACUCCCCAACACCCUCCCAUUACCCGGCCAGACCUCCAGACCCCCCUCCAGACCUCAGUCUCCCAUCCUCACCCGCUCAGCCAAGCCCAGCUCUAUAGGUUAUCCCCUGGUCAGUCCUAAACUCAGCCCCCUGCUCACCCGCAAGCCCACCUCCCUUACCAUGACCGGCAGCCACCGGACUCAUUCCCCCAGCAACCCCGGCAGCAGAACUACGACCCCCAGAACCCCCAGCAGCAGACCCAUGACCCCCAACAGCCUGCUGACCUCCAGGUCUGCCAUGACGGCCGUGACCCCAGGGGUCGGGGUUCACGGAGGUCACAAGGGUCAUAAGGAGGUGACCUUCAGGAGGUCACGGAGCAGGCCGGUGACCCCCACCAGUCAGCCGACCCGACCCAGGCCCCUGCUCACCCCUCCUGGGCUGAGUACGACAGAUAGUCUGGGCAAGGCCUCGAGCCUCAGGGCCUAUCUGUCAGAGGUUUGUUCAACAUCAGCUGACUGAUAAUACUAAUCAUUUUGCAUCAUAAAUGACAUUAUUAUUUGUAGAUCGAUCAGUCACAAUUUACCCACAAUGCAUCACAGAUUUGAUUCUGUUGAACACGGCCACACU